CAAGAUCCAACCAUGUUUGAAGGAACUAUUAGAAGCAACCUGGAUCCUCUUGAAGAGUAUACAGAUGAUAAGAUAUGGCAGGCUCUUGAUAAAUGCCAGCUUGGAGAUGAAGUGAGGAAAAAGGAAGGGAAGCUUGAUUCAUCAGUUACCGAGAACGGAGAGAACUGGAGUGUGGGUCAACGGCAGUUGGUGUGUCUCGGGCGUGUGCUACUCAAGAAAACCAAAGUCUUAGUACUUGACGAAGCCACUGCAUCAGUCGACACAGCGACUGAUUGUAUGAUUCAGCAAACGCUCGGGCAACAC